CCAAUGAUCAAAUCGAUCACUCUCGAGACUCCAGGUCCUACUGUUAUAAAGUCCACGUUCAACAAUAGUCGUUCACUUAAGCGGAAUCGAGUCAAGUGGAAAUUCCUGGACCGUCAUGGACGUCAUGACUUGCACCAUCGACAGAGAAUGGCGUGUCGUAAUGUCUCGAGAAUGGGAUGUUCUCGGGCCUUUCCCCAUCCACGCUAGGGAACAGCACUUCCUUUCUCCUGCGUUUCCCCUUGACUUGUCUAAGAAUAUAGAUUUGACCCGUACCUAUCCAUCUGCUUAUGCUGAUGGCGGAUAUGUCUCUUGGUCAAAAGCCAACUCGGAUGAACAGGGAAAUCUCAAAGUAUCCCAUCCCAAUAUUCGGUGGGAGCAGCUUCGUGCGACCGAAGGAUGGGCAGCACUGCAGCAUCACAACGUCCUCCGGACGUAUCUCACCGUCUAUCCUCCAGAUUCUAAGCAAGGAAACACCGAGGCCGAUCCACGUCUGCGUGUCGAGUGCCUCCAGGGCGCAUAUUUUUCCAUCUUGCCAGAUGAUGAGACAACUUGGGCAACACAUGUCUCGGAAUGGCACAUGGGGAAUGUUUACGCUCUCGAGCGUGCCCCUGUACAGUUCGUCUCGCUCCCAACGUCUCCAUGUAGAGAUAAAACCACCCGAUAUCAAGUAGUUCUUGGUGGAUCUUACGAGAUAAGACUCUUUGGUGACCCUCGGUCAUACAACUCAGAACAUCCAAUUCUAAGCAUCAAUUUUACUAUCUCAAUUGAUACCCUUCCAUCACUGGAAACAUCGCCUUAUCUGGUGACGCCCGUCUCACAUGCACCUGCUCACGAUAUCAUACCGGACUUCAUCUAUGGCCGGCCGUUCUCUCCGACGCUAGGAAUAGGGCUUCGAAACGUUGAUUUUUGCCGCAACACCAAAUCAAUAGCAGGAUGGUGGACGGUAGUGUCGGCUGUGAUUCCACCUUGCGCAGGGCUGGGGCUUUCAUUAUGCAACCUUUCAACGACAAUACGGCUUGCCCCGACUCAAACACACAUACUAACGCUGGAGUUCCAACCCAGUCCGGGAGUAAUCCCUAUCGAUAUCACAGAGCUUCCGGUCGACAUUACAAUCUCUCCCUUCCACGCUGAAUCGGCAUGCGGUGAUGUUGAUGAGCAAAGAAUUUUCAGAGUCAAUGUUCCUAUCAGACACAUUCCCAUGUGGACUUCGGUCAGUUACACUGCCAUAAGAGCGACGUACAAUUUGGACUUUAGCAAUCCAACUAUAUUCUUGGUACUUCCCCCUCGAUAUCCCAAUAAAGAAGGUGAAGGAGGGCUGAAAGAGCCAAUUCUAGCGCUGCAUGGCGCAGGUGUCGACAUCAUCAACCAAACAUUCUGGGCAGACAGCCUCCCUCGGCAAGACAGGGCAUGGGUGAUCAUUCCGUCUGGUCGAACUUCCUGGGGCCUCGAUUGGCAUGGUCCUUCUGCUGCUGAUGCUUUUGCCGCGGUGACAGCCCUGCACGAUAUACUAUGCAUAGGAUUCGUGGACUGGAUUUAUCCUCGAGAUACAAAGCUUAUUGUCGUGGGUCAUUCGAAUGGAGGGCAAGGAGCAUGGUACAUAGCAAGUAGAUGGCCGGACAAGGUGAAAGCCGUCGUAGCUGCUGCAGGAUACAUCAAGUCGCAGGCAUAUGUCCCAUGGACGAUGUCGAGAUUCGCCCACUUCAUUGACCCAGCGCUCCGAGCUGUUCUAGAAACAUCGCUCCUACCAGACGACAAUGACCUAUUCCUUUCCAAUCUCGCUCACACGCCUGUGCUCGCAAUCCACGGUGGCAUGGAUGAUAAUGUCCCGUCGUGGCACACUCGUGAAGCAGUGAGCGUGCUCAGGGAAUGGAAUCCAGACGCAGAUGUCACGUACCACGAGGAGCCUGGUCAGCCUCACUGGUGGUUCGAGGUGCUUAACAAUACUCGCGUUCAGGCGUUUCUUGAUCGCGUUUGCUGUUCUUCGUAUGAUGCACCAAAAACUAAAUGUCGUAAGUUCACACUUACUGUUGCUGUCCCCGCGGAGAGCGGGCCUAUGGGAGGUUGGCGGGUGCACGCCCUCGAAGUGCCUGGGAGACUCGGUCGUUUGGAAGUAUGCGAAGAUGACGAAGGAGGAGUGAAUGUCAAGGCCUCAAACAUCAGUGUUGUUUCCUUCGACCUAAGCAAGGCUUCUGUCCGUAAACUUGUGAUCAACAGUCGGAAUAUCCCGCACGCCAGUAUGGAAGCUAGAACAAUCUGGCUCGAGCAAGACACUAAUCGCAACUCAACCGGUUGGAAGGUAGUAGAUUCCUAUGUGGAGAGCUUCCAACAACCGUAUGGACGUGCUCAGGCUAUUCUCAGCGCAGACGGAAUCAUCGACAUCGUGAUUCCAUCACUACAUCACUCCUCCGAGCUGUCUGCAGCCUUGCGGAUUACUCACAACCUACGAACUUACCACCUGCUUGAUGCGCGAAUAAAAAUGGUCUGGUAUGCGGGGGUAAUAUGGUUGUCAUUGGUUGCGCAGACUCUUUGCUUGUCAAAGAUCUUCUAAGGCGCAGUCAGAGUGAAUGGUCUCAUGAAGGAGGAGCUUGGGUUUUGAAUGAUAAAAAGUUUAACACCCCUACUUCUGGUUGGUCGGCCUGAGGUGGCAAGCCUGGGAGACACUGAAAGUUACCUUACAGGUUUACUUUUCCUUGUCAAGAGGACAUCGAGUACUGCAAACACUGCGUUGUUCCUGCAAUCAUCUGACCCAGGCGGACUCGAGCGUGCGCUACGAUUAUUUCCCAUCCGCACAGGUGUUUUGGUACCUGACUGGUUGGUAGUUGAUGAGGGAACAGAUAGGAUUGGGGCAGGUGGUGCAGAGGGAGCCGGUGUCUGGGGAUCAGCUAGCAGGUCAAACAAUGGAAA